CCGUCAGUAAGUCUUUGUAACAGACGAACGAGCAUCAACAGGAUAUUAACAGUCAGACUGGAUGUCUCUCAGAUCUGAUUACCAAUUAAACAGAGGACUUAGAUCAGCUGGAUGACAUACAGUUGCAUGUUAUGAUCGACUGGAGCAGCUUUAACAGAAUCAGGUCACUUUCUAACUACCUUAUGUUACAUAUACAGUAUGUACCGUAUGUAUUUUGUUCUCUAAGAAACUGAAGUGACACUUAGUAACUCAAAAAUAAGAGAGUCAAAUUAUGCAUUCCAGUCUUUUUUGUAUUUUUGUUUGUUUCAAUAUAAAAAAAGAAAGAAAAUGUUUUUACUCUUUUUAAUUUCCAAAAAGGAGACAUCUGUUUAAAGUUGAACAGUUUGACAUCUCCUCGUUGGUGUCUCAGAGAUGAAGUGUCUCUGGUUUCUGAGUGUGCUCACUAUGUCACUGUGGGAGGAGUCAGUGUCUGAGACAAAGACCCUAAACUCAGUCCAAAGACGAGGACCACCAGAAGGUGUCCAAUUCCUCCAGAGGAUCAGGAGGAGCUGGGUCUGGAACCAGUUUUUUGUCCCGGAGGAGUACACCGGAGACGAGCCGCUGUACGUCGGGAAACUCCACUCUGAUGUGGACAAAGGUGACGGUCAAGUGAGGUAUGUCCUGAAUGGUGAAGGAGCAAAAGCCAUUUUCACCAUUGACGAGAACACAGGAGACAUUCAUGCCACCAAGAGGCUGGACCGGGAACAGCAGGCGUACUACACUCUAAGAGCUCAGGCACAGGACCGAAAAACCAACCUGCUGGUCGAACCCGAGUCUCAGUUCAUCAUCAAAGUCCAGGACAUCAAUGACAACGAGCCCAAGUUCCUUGAGGGACCGUACACUGCCAGGGUGGCUGAGAGGUCUCCUGUAGGUGUGUCAGUGGUGACAGUGGUGGCAACAGACGCUGAUGAUCCGACAUAUGGGAACUCUGCCAGAGUUAUUUACAGCAUCCUGCAGGGUCAGCCAUACUUCUCUGUGGAGCCAAAGACAGGUGUGGUGCGAACAGCUCUUCCCGACAUGGACCGGGAGAUGCGGGACCAUUACCUGCUGGUCGUCCAAGCCAAAGACAUGAUUGGUCAGGUGGGAGGUCUCUCAGGAACCACCUCCAUCACAGUAAUGCUGACCGAUGUCAACGACAACCCACCUCGCUUUCCCCUCAAGAGCUACAAGUUCAGUGUUCCAGAGUCUGUACUAGUUUCAGCUGAGGUUGCUAAGAUCAAAGCUCUGGAUCUGGAUGUUGGUCCAAAUGCAGAGAUGGAGUACAGGAUCCUGGAUGAAGAUGGUCUGGGAACCUUCAGGAUCACCACCGAUCCAAACACACAAGAAGGGAUAGUCACACUACACAAGGCUCUGGACUUUGAGACCAAGACGAGUUACAUGUUGCAUAUUGAGGCAUCCAAUCGUCACAUAGACACACGCUUCCUGACGAUGGGCCUGUUCAGCGAUGUAACAACAGUUCAUCUGCUGGUGGAGAAUGUGGAUGAGCCUCCGGUAUUCUCCUCGUCUGUCAGUCGGAUGGUGAUCUCUGAGGCUGCUGCAGUGGGAACUGAUGUGGGAUCAGUUUCAGCUCAUGACCCUGAUGCCACCAACAGCCCUGUCAGGUACUCCAUAGACAGGAAGUCGGAUGUGGAGCAGUACUUUAACAUUGACAGCAGUUCAGGUGUGAUCACAACAGCCAGACCUUUGGACAGAGAGACCAUCGCUCGGCACAACAUCACCGUCCUGGCCACAGAGAGCCUGGAUUGGUCUCAGGUGGGGAAAGCAGUGGUUCUGGUCUCUGUGACGGAUAUUAACGAUAACGCACCAAGCUUUGCCAUUGAGUAUGAAACAUUCAUCUGUGAGAAGUCUGAACCUGGGCAGAUCAUUGAGACGCUGAGUGCCGUAGAUCAUGAUGAACCAGAGAAUGGACAUCACUUCCUGUUCUCUCUGACUGCUGAGGCUGCUGGAAACCUCAAUUUCACCUUGAAAGACAAUAAAGACAACACGGCAUCUGUCCUGAUUCGCCAUGGUGGUUUCCUGCAGCGGGAUCAGAUGGUUCACUUCCUGCCAGUGGUGAUUUCAGAUGGUGGCAGUCCAUCCCUCAGCAGCACCAACACGCUGUCCAUCUCCGUCUGCACCUGUGAUGUCACCGGAAACCGCCGCUCCUGCAGCCAGCGGGUGUCACCACUUCGGCUGGCUGGCCUCAGCACUGCCGCCAUUGCUGCAGUCCUCACCUGCACCCUCACUUUGUUGGGUGUUGUCAUGGUAACUGUGGCUGUCCGACACAGGAAGCGGGAGCCUCUGAUCGUUGAUGAUGAGCGAGAUGUUCAUGAGAACAUUGUACGUUACGAUGAUGAAGGUGGAGGUGAGGAGGACACGGUGGCCUUCAACAUGUUUGCUCUGAGGAACCUGAAGACGAACCAAGACACAAACUUGCCAGGACUCUGGACCAGAACCCGGAUCUACAGGACGCACAAGAACCAGCCGCUGCAAGACUUCAUCAUGGACAGACUGCAGGAGGCAGAGCUGGACCUGACAGCACCCCCCUAUGACUCUCUGCAGACCUACGCCUUUGAGGGCAGCGGGUCAAUCACUGGGUCCCUCAGCUCGUUAAACUCAUUAGACUCGUUAAACACGUUAGAGUCUGAGCAGAACUACGACUUCCUGAGAGAGUGGGGGCCGAGGUUCAGGAAGCUUGCAGACCUCUAUGGACACCAUGAAGGGGCAACGACCUUCAAGACCUGAAAUAAUUACUUUGUCAUUAAUAAAUUAAAAUUGGAAUUAAAUACAUUAAUGAUUAUUAAUUAAAUAAUAAUAAUUAAUUCAAAUACUGAUUUAUUUUUAUGUAAAAAUCAUACAUAAUUAUUUCACUAUUUCCAUUUCAUGAUUUCCAUUUCAUGGUCCUGUGUUGCAGUGCUUCAUGAACUGUCUAACUGUCAAACUGUGGGGCUAACACUAAUCUAGUCUGAGCCAUUACUUUGGUCUGAAGUAGAGUGCCCGGGGAGAGACGAUGGUAUAUGUCUGCUGUGACUGAGCCGCCGGAGCUUUCUCAAUCAAGCAAGUCUAAUAAUAGAACAUCAAUGAAGUGGCACACCACACAUAAACCGUUUCUGAGAUAUUCACAGACAUGUAACACUUUAGACUUUUAGGCAGAUCAAUAGAGUUAUCUAAACCAAUGUAGAGGUGAAUAGCACCACCCAGUGUAUUGGAAUGUGUUCACUAGCUCUGCAUCAAUGCAUUAUCUGGAAUUGAUUUGCCUUGACUUGAUGUACAGGGUAACCAAUCAGGCGUUAGAGUCCGCCUACCAACUUUGAUGGACAAGUUUGACAGUUAAUGAAGAACUGCAACACAGGAUAUGAAAUGUAAAUGUAAAUGAAUUAAAUAGUGAAAUGAUUAUAUGUUUUUUACAUAAAAUGAAUCGAUAUUUUAAUGAAUUAAUUACAGAUUUAAUAACAUUUAUGUAUUUAAUUCCAAUUUUCAUUAAUUAAUGACGCAUUUAAGUAAUUAUUUAAUGAUGUAUUUAUUUAUUUAAUUUUAGUCCUCCAUAAUACGACAGCUGUGUUGAUGCAGCAGGUACAGGGGGCGUGGUUAAGAUGUUUAGGGUCAGAGCCCAAUGAAGGGACCACACGGAGAACCGGUCUGUGUGAACCAAUCAGCUUCAGGUGUUUCUUCUCAGGUACUCAGGUCUCCCUUCACAGGAGACUGAUUGGUCCAACAGGUCUAAUGUGAGUCCACCCCUGAGCUGUGAUUGGCUGAAACAUUAUAAUGAUGAUUAUGAUGAUGUUCUGAUGUUUAGGCUAAUGCUAAGCUAACUGUUGUUGUUUACUGUAUGUCAUUGUCUCUCAGUAACUUCCUGUUUCCUGUUUGUCUUUGGCUGAAAAUGAAAUCACAAAAACAACAAAACUGACUGCUGUCAUCUGUUUUGACCGUUGUUCAAAGCGAGGUUGCACCACAGACUUUGGCUUCCUUGCAUUGGCUCCCUGUUAAAUCUAGAAUAGAAUUUAAAAUUCUUCUCCUUACUU